CGCACCACAAUUGGGCCUCAACAUUGGUGAUGACGAUAAUUUGAUAAUUACGUCAACUGCACUUUCGUUCCACCCAAAGAAACAUAUUAAACACACGCUUUGUUUUGUCUCUUCCCAAACUUCUACAUUAACACUGCUAUAUAUUGCUAACAUCUCCAAGACCUCCAUGAUGCCAUCAAGGUAGGUGUUGCUAGCAAAACUGAACAAAAUUAACUUCCUUGAUUAUCCUAAGAUGCCAACGAAGCAGGUAACUUACUGCAAUGAUAAAGCGGUGUUAGUGAAGGUAUAUGUUGAGAAGCCUAGGAAGAAGAGCUCAUCAUCAAUUCAGCAUCAGCACCUUCAUUAUCAUAUUCGUCACACAAUUAGACAAGAGGUAGUGCUUGGCUCUGGUAGCAAGGGAUCAUAUGCUAGAAGAGCAGGGUUGCUUAUGUACUCGCAUCUCCUACGUGAGUCUGCAAAAGGAGCAUUAUCAACACCCUCAUUCUCCAAGUUGGUUGCAAACAACAAUCUCCAACCUCCAACCCAGAUAACCCCUUCCAACAAGAAAAAGCCGGUGUACAGGGAAAAGCCAACUUGCUUUGGCAGUUUGAAACUACUGAUUCCAAGAUUCUUAAGGUCAUGGUCAAAAGCCAAAAAUAAGGAGAAAAACAAGAAACCGAUGCAUGGAGGUUUUUCGGGAAAUGGAAUGAAAAUGUUACAGGUUUGGAAAGGAAAAAGUUUCUUAACGAAUGUGUUUUCAACAACACGCAAUUAAGUAUGCUUGAGGUUCAAUUUUGCCCCGGUCAUUCACCUCUCUCAAGGUAUAAUGUCUCGAAUCAAAUAAGAAAUUUUAUCAUUUAAUUAGAUUCAAGUUCUUAUUUUCCAUCAUGCUAAUCACCGACAACUCCCUUUAUUUGAAUGUGUGUCUUAAGAUUAAUGUAUAACACUAGAAAUUAUUAGGUGAUUCAGAAUUACUACAUUAUUUAUGAUCUUAAUCUAAUAAUUUCUCGUGUAAUA